AUGACCUUGCUUCUGGUCUUCCAUCCUUGUCUCCGUCGAGUUUACGAACAUCUCUCCCCCGCAAAAAUAUCGACUGCCCCUCCAACCGGCGGAAAAGCAAAGGAUGACGAUAAGCCUGAGGGUUGUGCUGCGGAUGCAGAGGCUCGACUAAAGCAGCGAGUGACAUUUGACUACGUCUUUGGGAUAAUACUUAUCCUAGUACUGCACGGCGUCUCCGCAUUCAAGAUCCUGGCCAUUCUUUGGAUCAACUAUUUAAUUGCGACCAGGCUCCAACGAGCCCAGAUACCUGCUGCAACAUGGAUUUUCAACAUUGGGAUCCUCUUUUCAAACGAACUGCUUCACGGAUAUCCUCUUGUGGACCUUGCGAAAAUAGUUUCCCCAAAUACCGAUUCUUCUUUUAUAACCUGGGCCAAGUGGGUGGAUGGUAUUGGAGGAAUUGUUCCAAGGUGGGAGGUGCUAUUUAAAAUUACAGUCCUCCGGCUGAUAAGUUUUAACAUGGACUAUUACUGGAGUCUGGAUUAUCGAUCCGGAAGCCCUGUAGAGACCAAGAUGACUGACUCUCCCAAGAAGAAACAAGUUGAUCCUUCUGCGUUAUCGGAGCGUGACCGCGUGUCGAUGCCCGCUCCGCCCUCCACGUAUAAUCUACAAAAUUAUGUAGCUUAUAUUCUUUACUCGCCUCUCUACCUUGCUGGGCCAAUCCUUACCUUUAACGACUACAUCAACCAGCAACACUACUCUCCAGCUUCCCUUACCCGAUCUCGCACUGUUCUUUAUGGGGUACGCUUCCUGCUUACCCUGCUGUCAAUGGAGCUGGUUCUCCAUUACAUUUAUGUUGUCGCAAUCUCCAAAUCCUCUCCUGACUGGUCGGCAUAUACGCCCUUCCAGCUCAGCAUGUUGGGGUACUUCAACUUACAUAUCAUCUGGCUGAAGCUACUCAUCCCCUGGCGGUUUUUCCGCUUGUGGGCAUUAGUCGACGGCAUCGACCCUCCAGAAAACAUGGUCCGGUGCAUGUCCAACAACUACUCUGCCCUCGCGUUCUGGCGCGGCUGGCACCGGUCAUUCAAUAGGUGGGUUGUUCGAUACAUGUACAUUCCUCUCGGCGGAGGUGGGCGAGCUAGAUCUGGCACAAGCAGUCCUAGUGAUAGUAAACCGUCUCUACUCUCUAAAGCCCGCGGUGUGAUGAACUUCCUUGCCGUUUUUACUUUUGUUGCUAUCUGGCAUGACAUCAACCUCCGAUUGCUCAUGUGGGGCUGGCUUAUCACGCUAUUCGUCCUUCCAGAAGUUAUCUGUACCAUGCUCUUCCCUGCGAAGAAAUGGCAAUCACAUCCAAAUGCAUACCGUGUGCUCUGUGGUAUUGGAGCAGUGGGGAAUAUCCUCCCAAUGAUGGCAGCGAAUCUCGUCGGGUUUGCCGUUGGUUUGGACGGACUGAAGGGCCUAAUACAUGGCAUCGUCGGCUCUUAUUCAGGCCUCGCGUUCCUUGCUGCAGCGUGUGCAACGCUAUUCGUUGGAGUCCAGGUUAUGUUUGAAGUCAGGGGCUCGGAGCUUCGGGCUGGCAUUAGACUGAAGUGUUAA